CUUCAUUAUUAUUUAUUGGGACCACGUAACAUUAUGCACAUCCUCAAAGAAAAAAGAGAGCCAACUAAACAUGUCAAUAUUUUCCUCAACGUGUUUAACUGAUCCACGUUUCAUUUGCCAUGGAUUCCUACUUCCCAUUCUUCUAUUGCUACUGCAGAUUUCAUCUCAACUUGGAGACUGUGGUACCAUUGUUAAGUACCUUCCAGGAUUCCAGGGACCACUUCCUUUUCUGCUUGAAACUGGGUAUAUAGGAGUAGGAGAAAAUGAUGAUGUUCAGAGUUUCUACUAUUUCAUUGAGUCAGAGAACAAUCCAAGAGAGGAUCCUCUCAUGCUCUGGCUCACUGGUGGUCCUGGCUGCUCUGCUUUUUCUGGCCUUGUCUAUGAAAUAGGACCACUUGCAUUUCAAGUUGAUGAAUAUGAUGGCGGCCUCCCUAGUUUGGUGUAUAAGCCAAACUCAUGGACUAAGGUAAGUAGCAUUGUAUUUGUAGAUUUGCCUGUCAAUACUGGCUUUUCAUAUGCUAGAACGGAAUUCGCUUCACAACGGAGCGAUUCCUUGUCAGUCAAUCAAGCCUAUCAAUUUUUGAGGAAGUGGAUAAUGGAUCAUCCAGAAUUUCUCAACAACAAAGUUUACAUUGCUGGUGAUUCAUAUUCUGGUAUGCAUGUUCCUAUAAUUGCUGACGAAAUUUCAAAAGCAAAUGAACGAGGCCUCCAACCAUGGAUAAAUCUGCAGGGAUACCUGAUGGGGAAUCCUAAAAUAGAUGAAAAAGAAAAAAACUAUCGAAUCCCAUUUGCUCAUGGGAUGGGACUCAUUUCUGAUGAACUGCACCAGUCACUGCAGAAACAUUGUAAAGGAGAAUAUGUAAAUGUAGACAUCAGAAAUAUUUUGUGUUCAAGCUAUCUCGAGUCCUAUUAUGAGAUCACAUCAGAUAUUAAUAUGGCCCACAUUUUGGAGCCAUUGUGUGAGUUGGACUCACAGAACCCAUUGAAAUCUUCUUGGAGAAGAUCACUAACAGAGAACUAUCCUUGGAAGUUAAAUGAUAUUCAUCUCAGAUUACCAUCCGGGAAUUGUCGGGAUUAUGGAUAUCUCCUUAGUGGCUAUUGGGCCAACAAUGACAAAGUGCGCAAUGCGCUUAAAGUGCGAAAGGGAACUAAAAAGAAAUGGCAACGAUGCACCUCCCAUAUGCCUUACAAGUUUGAUAUCUCUAGCAGCUUUCCAUAUCAAGUAAAUCUCAGCAAAGAAGGCUAUCGUUCACUAAUUUACAGUGGGGAUCAUGACAUGGUUGUUCCUUUCUUGGCAACUCAAGCAUGGAUAAGAUCGUUAAACUACUCCAUUGUCGACGAUUGGAGGCCAUGGUAUACUAAUGGACAAGUUGCAGGAUACACAAGGACUUACUCCAAUGCAAUGACAUUUGCAACUGUCAAGGGUGGAGGACACACAGCACCAGAAUACAAGCCUCAAGAAUGCCUUCACAUGUAUAGUAGGUGGAUCUCUGAGAGACCCUUUUAGGAAACAAACCAAAGAAGAUCAAACUACAAAGGUGUCUAGGAAUAAGAAGUUAUAAUCAAGGAGCAGAUUUCAUUCACUUUAUGCAUCAUUCAAUCAUCUGUUAGUGUAGUGUAUCUUUCUCAAGAUAACAAUUGAAGAAUAUAUAAACACUUUCUGUAUAUUGUAUUGUAUUAUA